AUGUCUCUCAAGGGCCCUUCUCCUCAACACCACGACGGCUCCGGUCUGCGCAUCGGUAUUGUCCACGCCCGAUGGAACUCUACCAUUAUCGAGCCUCUCGUAACUGGCGCCAAGGAAAAGCUUCUUGCGGCCGGUGUUAAGGAUUCAAACAUUGUUGUUCAAUCCUGUCCAGGCUCUUGGGAGCUCCCCAUUGCUGUCCAGCGCCUCUUCUCCGCUUCUCAGAUCCAGGGCACAUCUACCGGCGGUCCUUCGGCCACCGACCUCCUGGCUUCGUCGACUACUGAUCUCUCCUCGAUGCCUGCUGCUACUGCCGGUGCUUUCGACGCCAUCAUCGCGGUCGGCGUUCUGAUCAAGGGCGAGACAAUGCACUUCGAAUACAUUGCCGAGUCAACUUGCCAGGGUCUGAUGCGCGUGCAGCUUGACACUGGCGUCCCCGUCAUCCUUGGUGUCUUGACCGUCCUUACUGAUGACCAAGCAAAGGCUCGUGCUGGCAUUGAUGGUAAGGGUCACAACCACGGCGAGGACUGGGGUCUGGCAGCCGUUGAGAUGGGAGUCAAGAGGAAGGAGUGGGCCAACGGAACUAUUGAUGGUUAA